CUGUUGGUUUUCCUGUUCCGAUGCAAAUGACACAUUUCAAAGGAUGGGCAUUUACUUCGUGAAUAUUUUGUGCGUUGAGUAGUCGAGUCUAAAGCAAUUUUUAAGUCUCAGUGACAAUGAAAUUGUUAUUCUUAUAUGUUUUUGCUAUGUGUUUCGUGGGAAGUUGGUGUGAUGAUUUUAUAAAAGAAUAUUGUUUUCAUGAUAAUAUUCCUAUUCGUUUUAAUAGAUGGGAGGAAUGUUGCCAUCUUUUCUUUCUAAAAACUUCUGAAACUUCCGAACCGAUGGAAUCUUCGAAAACUCCAUCAUGUCCGGAACAUCAAGUAACUUCCUAUGUGACGUCCUACAUCCUCGGAUUUAUAAUAUUGAUACUGGUAAUCAUCAUAAUAAUUCUGGCAGUGAUGUUGUAUAGGAAUAGAAAGAAAGAUCAUAAGAUUUUCUCUCCUUCAAAUCAACCGCAACCUGCCACAGAUAUAUCAGACUUAAACAGGUGCUUAAAAACACAAGCAUCCCAUGAAAUGACCAUACUAAAAAUGGAUUCAAUACCAGAUGUACCAGUAAACCAAGCACAAGAAGAAUACAUAGAGAACGUUGAAGACAAAUUAACUACAUCAACAAACAGUAAUCUAAAAAGAAUAACAGCAAAUAGGCACACAGGCUUAGGCAAAGACUUCAAGGUGUACAGGUCAGUUAAGAGAGCUACGGAUCAACAAAUGAUUUUAAAAGAUCAAAUGAAGAAAAUAUGCGAUGAUGCACUAGCCAGAGCCCACAUUAACGGUAUGUCUGCUAGCCUGAAAGAUUUAAAUAGUUUGCUCGAAUUAAAUUAUAACAUAACCAGCCCAGAACAUAGGGUUUCUAAAUCUAGAGAGAAGUCAGCCUCAUAUAAUGAACUUGAUGUAUACGAUAAUACUCCUUCAAAUAUUCCUGUCACAGAAAUGGCCGGAGAAGCUGUAUAUGAUUGCUUGCCAUCUUCUUAUACGAAAAAUAAUAUUGUAGUAGAAGACUUUGAUACGAAAUAUCUUUUGACAAUAUCAAAAGAAAAUCUUACGGAACCGGAGUAUAUCAACGCUCAGUAUAGAUACAAUAAAUUUUGAGAUUAGACUUUACCUUUGACGAUAACAUAUUAAUAAACAUAAAUCAUUUAUUAUUUUAUUUAAUGUACAUAUUUCUAAUCUAGCAAAUUUAUAAAUAAAUAACGCGCCUGGAGUUACGUAAAUGUAUGGAUUUUCCUGGACAUAACUCUAUAACUUAUAUCAUAGAGGAUAAAUGUUAGUGGUAGCGAAUUGUAUACAACGCCAUUAUUAAGGAAUUACUUGUUUUUCAUAAAAUAAUGUUGUUCUCGAUCAUCAAUCGAAACAAAUGUUGUUCUAGUUUUAAUUUCAGUUUCAUUUGUAAAUAAAUAAUUCAAUUGAGCGAUAAGAAUGUAGGUAUAAUUAUUGUAAUAUAGUU